AGGCACGUUCCGGCACCACCUCACCAGCUCAACUCCACAAUCGUCUCUGCCUCGACUGUACCAAUGGAGCUUCCAACAUGGGCGUCCUUCCUCGGUGUGGUGCUCGCCACUGUGAUGCUUCUGAAGGCCAUCCUCGGCCGCCGCAGCCGCCGCGUGUACAACCUCCCGCCCGGCCCCAAGCCGUGGCCGAUCAUCGGCAACCUCAACCUGAUGGGCGCGCUCCCACACCGCUCCAUCCACGAGCUGUCCAGGAAGUACGGCCCGCUGAUGCAGCUCCAGUUCGGGUCGUUCCCCGUGGUGGUCGGCUCGUCGGUGGACAUGGCCAAGUUCUUCCUCAAGACCCACGACGUGGUGUUCACGGACCGCCCAAAGACCGCCGCCGGCAAGUACACCACCUACAACUACCGCGACAUCACCUGGUCCCCCUACGGCGCCUACUGGCGGCAGGCGCGCAAGAUGUGCCUCACCGAGCUCUUCAGCGCCAAGCGGCUCGAGUCGUACGAGUACAUCCGCGCCGCCGAGGUGCGCGCGCUGCUGCGGGACCUGCACUCGGCGUCCGGCUCCGGCCGCGCCGUCAUGCUCAAGGACUACCUGUCCACGGUGAGCCUGAACGUGAUCACGCGCAUGGUGCUCGGCAAGAAGUACCUGGACAAGGAGGAGGCGGCCGCCGGGUCGGUGACCACCCCAGAGGAGUUCAAGUGGAUGCUGGACGAGCUGUUCCUGCUCAACGGCGUGCUCAACAUCGGCGAUUCCAUCCCGUGGCUCGACUGGAUGGACCUGCAGGGGUACAUCAAGCGGAUGAAGAAGCUCGGCAAGAUGUUCGAUCGGUUCCUGGAGCACGUCGUGGAGGAGCACAACCAGCGGCGGCUGCGCGAGGGCAAGGGCUUCGUCGCCAAGGACAUGGUCGACGUGCUGCUGCAGAUCGCCGACGACCCUACGCUUGAGGUUGAGCUCAACCGGGAAAGCGUCAAAGCUUUUACUCAGGACCUCAUCGCCGGUGGCACAGAGAGCUCGGCGGUCACGGUGGAGUGGGCCAUCUCGGAGCUCCUCAAGAAGCCCGAGGUGAUCGCCAAGGCCACGGAGGAGCUGGACCGCGUCAUCGGCCGCGGCCGCUGGGUGACAGAGAAGGACAUGCCCAGCCUCCCCUACGUCGACGCCGUCGUCAAGGAGACCAUGCGUCUGCACCCGGUGGCGCCGCUGCUGGUGCCCCGCCUGUCACGCGAGGACACGACCGUGGCCGGCUACGAUAUCCCCGCCGGCACGCGCGUGCUCGUCAGCGUGUGGUCCAUCGGCCGCGACCCCGCGCUGUGGGACGCGCCGGAGGAAUUCAUGCCGGAGCGGUUCCUCGGCAGCAAGCUCGACGUGAAGGGGCAGGACUACGAGCUGCUGCCGUUCGGGUCCGGCCGGCGGAUGUGCCCCGGGUACAGCCUCGGCCUCAAGGUCAUCCAGGUGAGCCUCGCUAACCUGCUGCACGGCUUCGCGUGGAGCCUCCCCGACGGCGUGACCAAGGAGGAGCUCAGCAUGGAGGAGAUCUUCGGCCUGUCCACGCCGCGCAAGUUCCCGCUCGAGGCCGUCGUCGAGCCUAAGCUGCCGGCGCACCUCUACGCCGAGCCAUGAUCGAUGCGUGCGUGAUUCUGCAGCAUAUAGUGGCCUCUUUUGCGUUGAUGUCUCGUGUGUGCGUCCACUUGCUGCUCCUGUUGUUGCUAUUACUUCUGUAAUAGUGUAAGUAGGUAUUUCUCCUAGCUUGCGUCGUGCGCUGCGUUGUGAGUUGUGACACUACAGUGGAAUAAUGGUGUAACCAACCUUAUAUUUAUUUAUACCAGUAUACUUUUACCCAACAAAGAUAAGUA